AUGAAUGCAAAAAAGAUAAGCAGUGACGAUGUUCCCAAGGAGUUUUUGAAGUGGCUUCUAUCUAUGGGGUGCCCUGCCGAUGUGGUGCCGUCUCUUGAUAAAAUGUCGCAAUUAUGUCGUGGUCAAUACAACAUGAUAUGGAAGAGUAUGAUGGAACAUGUCCAGGCAAAAACAAUCAUACGGGAUAAGAGAAUGCAAGUAUUUGUGAAUGAUAUGCACCAAUGUCAAAAGAAGAGCCCCUUUAACCAGAAAACUCAGUCUAUUGUGGAACCAGUACAAUUAACAGUCUGGAAUCAAAAUAUUGAAUGCAGGAAGAAUUUACUGGAAAUAGAAGCUAAAAUUGCACAAAUCCGCAAUGAACUUAGUAUUUUGGUAAACAAAGUCUCUAGUCUAUUGGCCAAGAAAACAUUGAUUAAAACAAAUGUAGAAAAUGUGCAAAGGCGUGCCUGGUUGCUUCAGCAAGUAUUAUCUGAGCUAGAAGACAAGAAGAAGUGCUUAGAGGAAGCUCAGGAUAUUGCCAAUUCCUUAUGUAACAUUGACAAGGAACAGGAGUUAGAGGCUAAAGUUGAGCAGUGUUUGUUGUUGUUAAAAAAGAAAAUGUCACCGCAGAACAACAAUACUUCUAUGAUGGCAGUACCUGAGGCUGAUUCAGAAGAACUCUUAUCGUCUCUUAUAAAAUAUCGCGGUGAUGCCCUGUGGGCGAUCUUGAACAAGAAACGAAUGGCUAUUUUAUCAGAGUUCGAAGUGGCUGUCGAUAAAGAAAAGGAGAAUGUUUUAAAGAAUCUUGACACAAUAGAAACUACAGUGGCUAACACGACGUUGUUACAUUGCUCAUUGGGUUUACAAAGUAUGAAAAAUAAGGAACACAUUAAGCGGACACAGAGACACCUGGCCGCUAGUAUUGAAGCAUUGGGCUCUACUCUAUCUCCAGAGGCAUGCGAGUUAUUAGUGGUUCAGUGUGAACGUGCUUCUACCAAAGCCCGGAUCGACGCCCUAAAAGAGCUCUUGCACGAUAUGACGUCACGGCGUGGCCUCUUUCAAGUGCCCGACGACACUGCAACAGACGAGAUACGCGCGACCACCCGACAAUUCACAACUAUCGACAAGGACAUUGAGAGCACUCGUAACGACAUAACGAAAUACUUGGCUGCGCAAGAGGCGACUGAAUCGAAGAUUCACAGCGUAAAGAAUUGUUUAUCAGCGGUAUUCAGUGCCUUCCACGCUAAUAACUUGUUGGGAGACAAAUUCAAAGGCAUACAGUUCAAUUUCCCACAAGAAUCCAUAACUACCCUACACAAAUACUACUCAGCUAUUCGUCAAAUAGAAAUGAGCAAACACAAUCUGAGCAUGGACUUCGACGCCUCGAACACAUCGGCGAUCACUGACGACGAACGGUUGUUUUCAAAUGAACUGAGGAUAUAUUUGCAGAAUUUCAAUCUCGACAAGAAUAGAAAAAUUCUUUUAAAAAGUGGCGAAAAAAUCUGGAUAUCGGAGACCAUACAAUCGUCAGCGUUGCGGCUACAACAAGUCUGUCUAGAUGAUGACGUCACACCACUGUUGUGUCCGUCUGUCAGUAUCAGAAGUAACCUGAAACGAAUUAUUAACAGUGUUAUAGAAAAAGAAGAACUCAAAGCCAUCUUGGAAGGUUUAAAAGCAAGGAAUGCGCCUGAUAUUAUGUUGAUUGAUAUCAAAGACAAGCUAGAGGCCGAGGAAAAAAACAGAGAUAGAUUAAAAAAAGAAAAUUGCAGAAAAUAUGUUCAUUCUUCAAAGAACUAA